AGUUUUCAUUUGCAGGGAAACCUUAUGUCUUAUGACUUGUAGGCUAAAACUUAUUAGCAGAGAUUAGUAUGUACUUACCAGCGUUGAGCCAGAACAUUAUACAAAAACUACAAAAUAUCUAUCUUCAAGGAAUUAAAAUUGCUGCACGUACAUCAGGCAAUCAGAAUUGCUUCCUCUUCUUCUAAAGUGUUACAAGAUUUUGUGGAAAUCAAAUCACAUCAAAUUUAUGAGGUAAUAUUAUAAGCCAUUCAUUAUUGACCGAGAAGGUGAGAGCUAGGGUCAGAAGCUUUGUAAAUACCGGAAUACCCGACUUCUGGUACGGUAAUGGAACCUUGAUAAAUACUACAAUAGGUCAACCAUUAAUUAAAUAUUAAUUACCGAGAGUUAAUAUUUGAUUAAAGAAUUGCCUGGCAGUAUGGUUUUUCCAAGCGCUCGCAAGUGAUCAUCAGUUAUUGUCAGAUGUGGUACCAUGACUGAAAAUUGUUGGGACUUUGCUAUAGCUAUUACGGUCAUCGCAGCAAUGACGCCAUGAAGGCGAAUGUUUUACGCAGGGAAUUCCCUUCGGGGGUUGCUUUCCAAACACCAGAGGAAAAAAUAGAGAGAAUUACAGGAUCAAUUUCUACCAAGAUAAGCCUUAAGGAAUCAUCUGAAAGCCGUCAUGGUCCUUCGGAUAGGAACAUGUACACAACAAAUACGACAUUGGCGAGAAAUAGACUAAGAGGACACCCGAAGCCAUUGGAACAACGGACGCAACAAAGGAGAAAUGCCGAGAAGGAUAGUGGUGUACGCGUGAAGCAAAUGUUUUACUGGGGGCACGAGAGAAAAUCACCUCCCAGGAGAAACACUUCACCAUCUACAAAGACAACCUCACAGUUUUCUUAUCCCAAAGCGCAAUUUGAUCCUCGGUUUGAUCAAGAUCAUGACACAAAAUCUGGCAAGCUGCUGCAUUCGCGUCAAUUGAAAGCAUCCUCACAGGGUGGCUCUUGUCCAACCCAGAUCUACUCCAAGUUCAAGUCGAUCCAUUCCGAGAAGAUGAACAGAACUUAUCCGCAGCAAGUCAACAUCAAUGACAACCUUCCAAUGGAUCCCCAUACUCGCAGACGGACCCAUCUCCAGCCUUUAAUGCUCGGUUACGACCCCGACAAACCAAGGUUGGAAAACACCAGUUAUCAUCAACCACCCGACAGGGCGCCCUCAUCAUGGAAGUCCGACGUCUUUCCGACAUCGUCGGCGAGAUCGACGGCGGAAUCGCAUUCCAAUUACACGUGGCCAAUGAAUAUGGACGUAGAGGAUCGACAUGGCGACCGAUGGAGCCCAUUGCAGAACACAUUUGAUAUGGUACAGAAUGAGAAGACAAACUCUAUAUCUCAUGAAGAUCGAUGGGACUUCACGGAUUGGCCUGCACCUCCGCCAAAUUCGGUUACCCCCUCUUCUUUUGAGAUGAGUCAGCCCCCACCCAAUACACCAAAUGAUUGGUGGUAGUAUAGGCCUGUAUGUAUAUAGCGCAUAUACAUUCGUAAUUCCGAAGCUUCGUUAUUCCGAAGGUUCGGAUAUUCCGAAU